AUGCCGUCGCGGGCUGCGCAUAAUCCUUCGGUCCAUCAAUCCACGAACCUGGCCGGAGUCCAACCUAGCACAAGCCCCAUCCGCGUGCCAGUAGUGGGAAGUCGAUCCCCAAACCGCGCGCGGCAUGUCGAGGCAAGCACAAACCCAAGAGUGACCGGGGCGCUGUACUUCUCCCCGCCGUCAUCGCCGCCGCAUCGUGGACGGCAUUCGCGGUCGAUUAGCCAGCCCUUUGCGUCGGCUUUCGGGGCUACUGGGAAGCGUCGGAAUAAAUCAAUAGUAGCCGUAGAUACCGAUGACGAUGAUGACGACGAUGAUGAUAUCUAUCUCCCGAAUCCAAAUCCAUUAUCUACGAGUCCCCGCAAGGGUCUGCCGCGAGUACCGCCGAAGGAUGAUUUGACGACGGGGAAGUGUAUGACUUGCAAUAACACAGUGCGGUGGCCGCGGAGCUUGAAAGUUUUCCGAUGUACGGAGUGCUUAACGGUGAAUGACCUGGAGCCGUUUCAAGAGACGAGAGACCCCAUCAAACAUGGAGCAAAGCCGGCCAUUCCAAGGAAAGCUAUCCCGCUGACAACUGAGCGAACCGCUGCCAUUAUCGAUCGGUGCAUCUCUACCUAUUUGCAACAAUACUUAGGAGCCCCGCCAGUACCACCGAAGGAUGCAUUUAGGAAAGGCUUGCCUCAAGCCUCACCCAGACCAUCGGGAAAUUUACCGCUGCCUCAACACCAGAGACCCCCACGGGGUCGCAGCGUGUCAUCCUCAGACACGCGUGAGAAGGCCGAUGGUGGCGAUAGAGCCUUUGAAAGCUCCAGUUAUCCGUUUAGGAAUCCAUUUGCCCCGGCUCCCCCGCCAAAAGAUGCGCCAGACCCUCGGAAUGCACCUAGACAGGUGGCGCCAAGGGAGCAUGGUCGACCGCAUGACAGUGGAAGAAAGGAAAAACAUCUUUAUAUAUUCCGAGAACUGGAGGACUAUAUAAUAUCGGGGUUUAGGGGUUGUGACAUCUUGAAUGCAUCGUUCAACUCGGCUCAUCCUGCUCCCCAACCUGCACCAGAGAACACUCGUCCCGAACCUGACCCGCAGAAAAGCCCAAGACACGCACAUGUGGAUCCCGUCGUUGAACUGGAUGCUAAGACACUUCUGGUGGGGGACCUGGCUGAGAAUUCAUCUUGGUGGAUGGCCGAUGAAGAAUCGGGUACAGGCCCCAGCCAUGCCCAAUCCAAGUCCAGGGCUUCAAAAACAGUAAACUCAAGGAGCCCUCGAAUCAAUUGGAUUGAUGUCGAUCAAUGGUAUCACCUUAUACUGAGAGCGGGGACUUCCUGGGUCGAGAAGUGGUCGGCCAUGAAACCACCUUCAACCGAGGAGGACGCCGCAAAAGCUGCAGCGUGGGAUAUGGCGGACUUAAGUGUAAUCGAAAUGGAAAUGACAGAAUCCCGCGCACAUCUACACAGAACACUCCUGAAAGCUACGGAGGGGCUUCUUAAACGACCGCGGAGACCAUUGAAGAAGCCCGAUGAUAUUAGGUUUCUCCUGAUAUUGCUCUCUAACCCGCUGAUAUAUCCACCCACUUCCGAACUGGCGAGCCUCACAGUCCCCCAAGGUGAAAGGAGACCGUCGCGGCCCGGCGAGAGCAAUACUGGCCGACCAAUGGGCAACCGAUUACACGUCACAAGAAACCCCAGCGGAGGGUCUAGUCAUCAUCCCGGAAUCAUCAAGCGUAUAGUAGGUCUGCUAUCGGACCUACCGGUUGACUGCCAUCAUUAUCUCGUUUCGUGGUUUUCACGCUUCCAAGUAAAGCAGUUUGAGAAGCUCGUUGAGCUCGUUGGAAGGUUCGUGACAUAUCGCCUAGCGCGUCAGCACGUACGAAGGCGAAGUGAAUCUGCGAACGACGAGAGCUACCUAAUACCUAGCUUUUCAAGUGCUGCAAUGAAUACACCGGCGGAAUUACAUGCAGCAAUCAAUGGGAUAAACCAGAACAAGCAAACCAAGAAAAAGGAAGAGGAGCCCAUGACGUAUGGCGACGAUUGGCAAGUCCGAGCAGCAGGCCGAGUAAUGGCGCUGCUAUUCACUGCAAAUAACGCUGACGUCGCUCGAAGGCCAACGGGAGCCUUGGGCCAUGAGUCAAGUCAUCGCGGACACAUGAUUCCAAUCAGCUCAUUCUAUAAUACAAGGCUAGAUUAUUCCAACCUUGUGGUGCCCGAUUUUGAGGCUUGGGAGUCGAAGACAUCGAAAUUCUCCUUCUGUCAGUACCCGUUCUUUCUCAGUAUCGGAGCAAAGAUCCAGAUUCUGGAACAUGAUGCCCGUCGUCAGAUGGAAGUCAAGGCCCGUGAAGCAUUCUUCAACAGCAUUUUGAAUAGAAAGGCCGUGAGCCAAUACUUUGUGCUGAAAGUACGGCGUGACUGUUUGGUAGAAGACAGUCUACAGCGUGUUGGCGAGGUUCUCGGAUCUACUCCCGAGGAAAUGAAAAAAGGCCUGCGGAUCGGAUUCAUCGGUGAGGAGGGUGUGGAUGCCGGCGGACUCCGAAAGGAAUGGUUCCUGCUUCUUGUACGGGAGGUCUUUGACCCCCAUCACGGACUUUUCAUCUACGAUGAAGAUUCACAGUAUUGUUAUUUCAACCCGUAUUGUUUUGAGUCUUCGGAGCAGUUCUUCUUGGUGGGAGUUGUUUUAGGACUUGCUAUUUAUAACUCUAUCAUUCUUGACAUUGCACUCCCACCCUUCGCAUUCAAAAAAUUGUUAGCGGCAGCGCCGCAGACGUCUGCACCACAACCACUGACUACCCGCCCUACGUACAAAUGCAGCUUAGAUGAUCUAGCGGAGUACCGGCCAGCUCUUGCCAGAGGCCUGCGGAGGCUUUUGGAGUUUGAGGGAGAUGUUGCCGAGACGUUUUGCCACAACUUUGUGGCCGAUAUCGAUCGGUAUGGCGAGGUUAGGUCCAUCCCGCUGUGCCCUGGCGGGGAGAAGAAACCGGUGACGAACGCGAAUCGUCGAGAGUUCGUGGACCUCUACGUUCACUACCACUUGGAUACUGCUGUGACGCGGCAGUUUGAGCCACUCCGACGUGGGUUUUUCAGUGUUUGUGGUGGUAAUGCAUUGUCCUUGUUUCGCCCCGAGGAGAUUGAAUUACUGGUGCGUGGAUCAGAUGAGCCGCUAGAUGUGAAAUCGCUACGUGCGGUUGCCACAUACCUAAACUGGCAAACAACGAAGCCAGAGUCAGAACCUGUGGUACAAUGGUUCUGGGAGUACUUCGAGCGCACGAAGCCUGAUGCGCAACGCAGACUUCUUUCAUUUAUUACAAGCAGCGACCGCAUUCCAGCCGUCGGGGCAACGAGUCUAAACAUCCAACUGGCCUGUUUCGGCGAUGACUCGUCACGGUUCCCAGUUGCACAUACAUGUUUCAACCGGCUGGGACUGUACCGGUAUGCGACACGGGAAAAGCUUGAGCGGCUGCUCUCGGAGGCGGUAUUGAACAGCGAAGGAUUUGGACUUAAGUAG